AUGGGGGUGUUGAUGUCCAAGCGGCAGACAGUGGAGCAGGUGCAGAAGGUGAGCCUGGCCGUGUCUGCUUUCAAGGAUGGGCUGCGGGACAGGCCUUCCAUCCAACGCACAGGUGAGCUUCCAGGAUCCCACCAUGACACUGUAGAGGGCUCUGUCCAGGAGGUGCAGGAGGAGAAGGAAGCAGAGGCAAGCACCUCAGUGCUCCAAGAAGAGAGCAGCAUCAACCGUGCAGCCUGGGAGAGGCUCCGAGAUGGGCGUGGAGUGGAACCUGAGGAGUUUGACAGGAACAAUCGUUUUACCCCUCCUGCCUUCAUCCGCCCUACCCGGAAGCUGGAUGAUGACAAGCCUCCAGAUAUCUGCUUGGAACCCAGAGAGCCUGUCGUCAAUGAUGAGAUGUGUGAUGUCUGUGAGGUCUGGACGGCCGAGAGCCUCUUCCCAUGCAGGGUCUGCACCAGGGUUUUUCAUGACGGCUGCCUGCGUCGCAUGGGCUACAUCCAAGGAGACAGUGCAGCAGAGGUGACCGAGAUGGCACACACCGAAACAGGCUGGAGCUGCCACUACUGUAACAAUCUCAACCUGCUGCUAACCGAGGAGGAAAUGUAUAGCCUCACAGAGACCUUUCAGCAGUGUAAAGUCAUCCCUGAUUGCUCUCUGACGCGGGAGGACUUCCUGCGCUACCGCCACCAAGCAGCAAAGCGGGGGGACAGUGACAGGGCCUUAAGUGAGGAGCAGGAGGAGCAGGCAGCCCGCCAGUUUGCAGCCCUGGACCCUGACCAUCGAGGACACAUAGAGUGGCCUGACUUCUUGUCCCACGAGUCCCUCCUACUUCUGCAGCAGUUGCGUCCCCAGAACUCUCUGUUAAGGCUUCUGACGGUCAAGGAGCGGGAGCGAGCCCGGGCCACCUUCCUGGCAUGGGGCAGUGGGAGCACCAUCAGUGAGGCCGAGUGCCACCGUGCACAGCACUCAUGGUUCCACAAACACCUCCCACAGGCUCCUUCCUCCAGUGUCAGCAUCAGCCAUGUGGGUCCCAUAGCAGACAGCAGCCCAGCCAGCAGCAGCAGCAAGAGUCAGGACAAGGCACUGAUGCCCACAGAGCAUGAAUCCAGAUCUGUGGACUGGCCUACCUUCCUGCGGGAGAAUGUCAUCUACAUCUUGGCUGCCCGCCCAAACAGCGCAGCCAUUCACCUGAAACCCCCAGGAUAG